GCACAAACAGCAUUGAAAACAACAAACACACGUGGAGAAACACCAGGAGACACCGCUUCUUGCAUUGUAAAUUUUAUUUUCGUUGACACUCCAGCCACAAUGGAGGAAACUAUGGAGAAUGAUGUGGACAUGGAGGUUGAGGAAGAAACGGAAGACAUGGCAGAGUCGAACGAGAGCGGCAUGCAGCCGAAGGAACGGAAAGUCUACCUUCCUGGACAAUCGAUGCAGUCAGACGAAGAGCUCGAGUGCGACGAGACGGCUUAUAUUUUUCUCCACCAGGCAAAAACUGGUUCGCCUUGUCUCAGCUUUGAUAUCGUGGGAGACAACUUGGGAAACAACCGCGCUGAUGCUUUUCCCCUGACGAGCUAUGUGAUUGCUGGCACUCAGGGCGAGCGCAAAAACGCUAACCAUCUAAUGGCUAUUAAAAUGUCCAACAUCAAGAAAACGCUAAAAGAUGAGAAAAAGGAAGAAUCUGACGAAUCAGAUUCUGAUAGCGACUCAGACGAAGAAGAAGAGGAAGGCAAAAGCAGUGAUUUGCCCAGGUUAGACUGCGUCAUGAUGCCACACAAGGGCUGCAUCAACCGCGUUAGGAGUGCCAUGUUUGGAGACAAAGUGGUGGCUGCCACUUGGUCUGAGCUGGGCCAGGUGCACAUUUGGGAUGUGACAGGUCAGCUGCGCAAGCUAGAAGCCCUUGGGGCGCAGGACCCAGUGCUCAACGAGCGCAUCGGAAUUAAAGACCAGCAAAAGUCGCUCUACACCUUCACUGGACAUCAGACAGAGGGAUACGCGAUUGACUGGUGUUCCACCAACAAAGGUCAGCUGGCCACUGGUGACUGUGCCAAGAACAUUCACAUUUGGAAGCCCAAGGAGAACAUGACCGGCUGGAUCGUUGACCAGCGACCUCUUUCAGGGCACACGGCCUCUGUUGAAGACCUGCAGUGGUCCCCCAAAGGACAAGAUCUCCUUGCUUCGUGUUCUGUCGACUGCAGCAUCCGACUGUGGGAUUUGAGGCAGUCUCCUUCCAAGGCCUGCGUUAAAGUGGUGGCCAAGGCCCAUGAAAGUGACGUCAACGUGAUUAACUGGAGCACCCAUGAAACCAUGAUUGUUUCUGGUGGAGAUGAUGGCAAAAUCAAAGUCUGGGACACUAGACUGCUGAAGGAUUCCGUUGCAACAUUCAAACAUCAUUUAGCCCCCGUGACAACUGUUGAAUGGAACCCGAACGACAGCGCGGUGUUUGCCUCAGGCGGUGCUGAUGACCAAAUUGCAAUCUGGGACCUCUCUGUUGAAAGAGUUGCGCCAGACGAGGAAACAGCGCAUUUGCCGCCGCAGUUGCUAUUUAUCCACCAAGGCCAGAAAGAUGUCAAGGAACUUCAUUGGCACUCGCAAAUGCCCGGCGUGAUUAUCAGCACAGCGCUAUCUGGGUUCAAUAUUUUCCGUACUAUUAGCGUGUAGACGUCAAAACUGGUAAUUAAAUAUCUCAUAUUUAAAAA